AUGGACGAUUAUAAGGAUGCUUUAAAAUCUAAACUAUUAAACACACAACCUAAAAAGCUGAAAGAAGAUGGAAUUCCCUCCUUAUUUCUACUGCCAAAUGAAAAUGGUAUACAAGAAAUAAGUUUUAUUGAAAGUUUAUUGAAAAAAACAAAACACUUGAUCAUUAAGAAAAAUACACCCAUUGGUGUAACCGACAACUCUAAUGAAAAUUUCAUUAGAAAUGCCGAUUACACCCAUUGGUAUAUUCCAAGAACUUUAGGUAACGCAGAAGAGAAUAAAAAACAAAUAAUGGGACCAGUACAAAGGAGGCAAAAUAAAAGUCUGUUGUUGCGUACAAAUGGUUUGGACUAUCUAAACAGAAAGAAUGAAAAAGACUUUAAUAUAAGAGCCAGGGAAUUGGCUUUAGAAGAAAAAAAAAACUGA